UGUCCAAAUGGAACAUUCAGGUGGGUGGAAUCAAACUGUUACAAUAGCUACCCGUAUUAUGAAAGAUGCAGUACUAAACACUGUGUCAACACCUGUCCGGAAAACCUUUAUAGUAAUGGAACAGAUUGUGUAGAACAUUGUUCCAAAAAUCAAUAUCUCAGGAACAACACUUGUGUGUCAAGUUGCAAUGAUAACGAAAAUAAGCAGUCUGUGAUCUACAAUUCAGGAAAAGAGGGAUACGAAUGUGUCGUUAAUUGUUAGCCGAACUUAUUUUUGUACAACAAUAGUUGUGUUCAUCACUGUCCGUCAGAAAUGUCCCUUUCGCUGAAUAGGACAUGUGUUAAACACUGUCCACAAGAAAAGAAAUUAAUUUCAACAGUAAAACCUCCGAUAAAUUGUUCAAGGUCACGGUGCAAUGUGCUUUUAAAUAAUGACUUCUACAAUUAUUUGGCCUGUAAUGAUUCAUGUUUGGAAAGCGAACUUGCUUCAAAUGGAAGCUGUGUAUCAUUCUGUCCAAAAGGUUAUUAUUAUUUGAAUGAUACUUGUCUGAGCACGUGCCCGUCGUAUGCGCCAUUUUUGCAACCAACGAUUUUAACAUAUCAAACAUGGGAACGUGACUGGAACGUUUAUAGAGUUCAAACAUACAAUUUGACAUCAUUGACUUGCGUUGGUUCGUGUUCUAAACCUUAUACCAUAUAUGACUUUCAGACGAACACAUGCACGGUGCAAUGUACGGAUACACGACCAUUUAUACUUGAAGUGAAUUUCACAUUGACAUGUGUCCAACAAUGUCCUUUAAGUGAAAACGUAAAGGUGCAUGGAAAGACCGAAAUUAGAUUAGGAGAGGAACUUAAAACAGUUAACAGCAUACAUUGCGCAAGUUACUGUCCAAACGAUACAUUUUAUUUUAAUGGAAGUUGUUUAAUGGCAUGUCCAUCUGAAGCAAAUCAUAUAUUUGACGGAAAAUGUGUAAGAUGUGCGAAAUUUACGCAAAUGAUAGGUAAGCUUGCCUACUGCGUAAAUGAUUGUCCUCAAACAAUGUUUGAAAAUGGCAAUGUAUGUGUUGAGACUUGCCCUAAAGGCAAUGCAUAUAUCAUCAACAGGCGCUGCUCCAUAUGUCCCGAAGAGGCACCAUUCCAACUUCCUGUUAUUUUAGGAGAUGAUAAAUGUGUGAAGAGUUGUGAAGAGGAUAAUAAACUUGCUGAUUUUUCUUGUGAAAACUGUGAAGAUGCGGUUAAUGCUAAAUGUAUUUAUUCAUUCAAAUGUAACAAAACGGUUAUGAUCAACUAUGACGGAAAGUUCUUAAAAUAUUGUCCAAAUGGAUAUCUUUUCUUUAGGACCGGUUGCAUUUGGAAGACCACCUCCUUGAUAAUAUCAUUAGUAUCAUUUAUAUUGGCACUAACAAUCGUAAUAUACAGCAUAAAAGUAAUCCAAGAAUACAUUGUUUUCGUUUAUUCCUGUUUUUGGAUACCGGUAAGUACGGCGUAAAUAUAACAUCCAGUUUAUAAGUACAUUUUAUGCAUUAAGGUCAUACUGUUUAGCACACUACUUGAAUAAUUAAAGUUUUUACUUCAAUUUACCCAUUAUUUUCAAGUUGUUUUUGGACCAUUUCAUUGUAAAAUAUUCAGAUGUAAAUGCAUUUUCGACACUACUUUGCACAACAUUGUAUUUUAUUCCAGGCAGAGAUUCAAACCAAGCUGAAUGUUCAAAAUCUGUUGGACACAAAGUCAGGCUUUGACAACGAAGUGUGCGAAACUAGACUUUAAAUCAAAUCCAAUAUUAUACCGUUGUUCCUUUAUCCACACUGAAUCUAAAUGUUAACAUUUGGUUCGACCAACAGCAAGGAUUUGUCAACAGAGUGUUCGAAACUAAACUUAAAAUCAAAUUUCUUAUCAAUAAGAUGCUUACAAUGAAAUGAAUACGCUCCAUUAACUGAUUUGAUGUCAUCUCGCAAUCAUUUUAUUUGACUUAUA